CCACCGUCGCUCUCUGGAUACCGUGCGCGCGUUCGCCUCGCUCGACGCUCGGCGCUCAGUUUGUAUUCGGUAUCCAGCUCGAUUACCGUUCGGCGACGGUGAGAGGACGGCGGUGACACACACGGUGACGGAUACCCAUCGCCGCGCGUGCGUUCGAUCUUGGUCGCGAUUCGAGCCGACCGAGCGUUCCUCUCGGGAUAUCGUUUUCUCUCCUCCGCGCGUGUUAUUGUCGUCCGUUGAUCGCACGAUCUUUGCGUAGGAUCCGAGGCGCCGGCGAGGAAACGUCUCUCUCCUCCGCGCGAGAUUCGAGGAGAGAGAGAGAGUGGUGCGCAUUGUGCCAUUGGAUGUCAAGUGGUGAAAACAAGAGGAGAAACAGGAACGACUCCAACGAGGGAAGAUGCUGCCGCCGCGAAUACUCGGCCUCCUGGUGCUCCUUCUCGCCGUACAAAGCUUGUGUAAACCGACUAAGAGUACAGAGGAAUUGAAUUACGAGGAUGAUCCUCCUUUCGAAGAUGAUGAGGAGGAGAAUGAAGACGAUGAAGCUGACAAUACCGAUAUAUCCGAAGCGCCUCCGCAAAUCUUAUCGCAACCAAUGAGUAUUCGCGUAAGAGCUGGAGACACCGUAAAAUUGCCUUGUCUUGUGAUUCAUUCAGAAAAUUACGCGGUCGCAUGGCUGAAGGACAACGACUAUCUGUACUUGGAAUCGAAUGCACACACAAAAGACAAGAGGAUCGUUCGUAUGCCAGAUAACAGUCUGGUGAUCUACAACGCGACGCUCGAGGAUAGCUCCAACAAUUACAAAUGCAGUAUAUUGCAAAAACCCCAAUCGAUAGACUUGAUUCAUCGUCUGCUGGUUGAUGAAAGAGUGCAUCAAGAAUCUGUCUCUCCGCCGCAGCACUCGCACAAGGGGAUCAUACGCGUAUGGCCCUCGAAGAGGGUUGAAGUGGAAAAGGGUCACAGUAUCAAGCUCGGUUGCGAGACCGACAUACAGCCAUCGCCCGAGAUCAAGUGGUUCAUUGAGAAUAAGAAGGUGGACGGUUACGAUCCCGAUGUAAUUCUGGAUGGAAAUUACAUCACUAUAAGGAAUGUGAACGAAUCUCAUAGCGGUCUGUAUCAGUGCCUCGCUGAGGAUGGUUCGAAGAUGCCAGCGAUAGAAGCGAUCAACGUUAUUGUGCAUUCCGAACCUAAGAUCGAGGUAGAGAAAAGUAUAGUUUACAGCGGGACGGGCAUAGAAUCGGAAAUUACAUGCAUCGUGAGUGGCUAUCCCGACGCAGUCGUAACGUGGUAUAGAGAUGACAGGCAACUUAUUUCUAAAAAAGGAUUGAUAAUGCGUCACGAUCCAAUGGAAGGCAACAAAACCAAGCACGUUUUGAGUAUCACGCAUACCAUGAUACGAGACUUUGGCUAUUAUACGUGUCGCGCGGAAAAUACUCUUGGUUCCGAUACCAAAUCUAUCUUCUUAACAGGUGUACCUUCGCAAGCGAAGAUAUAUGAUUUCCAGAUAAAUAAUAAUUCAGAAAUUAUUUUGAAAUGGAAGCUGGAGAGUUAUUCGCCGAUUAGUGAAUAUAAGUUACAGUAUCGUCAUAAAAAUGAGCAGGAAUGGACCAUUGUCGAACCUGAAGUCAAAGAUGGUACAGGAAAUCAAUUUAACGUAGAGUAUACAUUUCAAAAUCUUAAUCCUGGACCUUAUGAGGCCAUUCUGAAGGCUAGAAACGCAAUUGGAUGGUCUUUAGAUUCAGAACCGCAAAUAUUUACUGGUGAUCAUCCACCUGAUUUGGCACUAAAAGAAGGAAACUCAGCAACUAUUCAAUCUCCCGGAAUUCUUUUAGCGUUGAUCCUAGUCCUUUUAUCUUGUGCCUUCACAAGUCUGUAAUUCUUUACUUAAAUCUAAAAUACGUAGGUAAUUUGCUGCAGCCAAAGCAACACCAGCAAACGCCAUGGUGAAUUUAUUAGUGUAGGAACACUUGGGAGAGAAAUAGCGCAUAAACAUAUUCUCGGUGCAAAUUCCUCUUUUUUACCAGAAUAUAUUUUACGUACAACAUAAUAGUAAAUUUUUUUAAAAUACAUUAUUGAGACUUACUGAUAUGCAAAACAUUUUAGUAAAAAUUUCAUAAUUAAUGUUAAAAUACUCGCCUAGGUGUUCCAUUAAGACACAUUAUUGUAAAGGAAAAAAAUGAGCAUUUUAAUUAUACUCCGUAAAAUCGCGAAUAAUUAUUAAGGGAUAUUGUACUUUAAAAUAUAUACAUAAUUUAUAUAUUUUAUCUAUCAUAUACACAUAUAUAUAGAUGAUACGUACACAUGUACGUACAUGUAUAUGUGUGUAUGUGAACACAUAAUAUAGUAUUCAUUAUACAUGCGUAAGCUCACAGAGAGACACACAAUCAUAUUAUUAUAAUUUAUUUUUGUAUGCUUUAAGAUUAUUAGAAACGUGUUCAAAGAUGUCGCUUGGUGCCAUGUACACGGGUCUCUACUACUUCCGAAAAAUCAUGUAUAGAAUCUGAUUUGUCAUCCACAGUGCACACGUGGAAAAACAUGUACCUAAAAUAAUGUAGUAGAAGAAAAGUAAAUGUUAUAGGAACAUACUAUAUAUUGCGUAUUGCGUUAUGGCGAUAAUACAAUGUGCAUAACCGAGUCGACGAAGAGUUUAAAGUUGGAAGCACUCAUACCGCAGUUAUCGUACAAGAAUUAUUCAUUAUUAUCAUUACGUCCACGUUCCCGUAUGUUUGCUUCCAACAAAGGCGAAUCUUUUUUUUAUUUACUCCUACGUUUUUCGAAUAUGUAUAAUGUGAUGCGCGCGAAUAAAAAAUGAAUGUGACUGGAGCGAGUAUGUGACAGAAUGACGUUCUACAGUGUUUUCCACAAUAGUUUGCUAGCUUUUAGCGCUAAUACGUUGUUAUAUUGAUUUAUAAUUAAUGUUAUACGCAGUACUAUAAACGUAUAAGAACUGCCCAUUUUAAAAACGGUGUGCUUGUCGUAGAUAUGAAUUACAGUGCAACAUAUGCAACAACCAUAUCUCUUCUAAAGUAUUUAAAACAUUGUUUACACAGUAAUAAGUUUUUAUAUGAUUUUGAUAUUCUUAAAAAAAUUUUUUUUAAAUAAUAGUAAAUAUAAAUAAUUAAAUUAUGCAUAGUGUUAUUACAAAAAUUGGAUUAUUUUACGUUACAUUAUUUGAAAUAACUUUCAACGACAAAAUUUUUAAUUACAUUUAUAAAAGUUAUAAAUGCUUAUUAGUAACAAUAUCAAAGUACGAUUUUAUACUGUACUUAUUUUAUUAUAUCGAGUUACAUUAUACUAUUUUAAAUACUUUUGUAUCCAUAGUUUUACAACAUGUACGAUUUAUUUUUAGGAGUGAAAUGGGAAAGUUGCAACUGAAUGAUAGAAAAAUUAAAUCAAUGUGCUAUCAAUCUAUUGGAUUAUUAUUGAAAGUUUUGUAAAUGUAAUAAAUUUAUUAAUCACGAAACAUUAUUUGUAUAAAUUACUUGAAAUUGUAAAAAUACUUCAUAUAUCUUUUCAUUUAUUGAAAAGUUGUAUCAUAUAUCAAAAAGAGUGUCAGUUUAAAUUUUAGUUACGCAAUUUUAUCUUAUAUGUAUAGAGUUGAAAGUUUAUUUUAAAACAUGUCGACAAUAUACAUAAGUAAAGUCGUUAGAGUCAGAAUGCUUAUAAAACAUAUUAUUAUCAAUACGCAACACACCUGAUGUGUAUAUGAAUAUAGCUUCUUGUUGCCUUAAUUAAUGUAACAUGUACAAUCAAGAAAAACGAAAGAUAUAUUAAUUCAUAAGAUUAUAAUACUUGCAGAUACAUAAUAAACAAAGUAAAUGAAACGUA